AGAAUGACAUACAGAAAAGGACUUCAAGGACAUUCAAUAAUUUGGUAGUUUGUUGGGAUAUGUUCCAGGUCAACAAUGAUAAUUUGAGUUAAAUUAAUAAAAAAUUAAAGUCUAGUAAAAUUUACAGAAUGGCAAAAAUUGUUCUGCGAGUCAAAACCAAAAGUGGGCAGCAAGUUAUUAAUAGUCUUACUAAAAACAAUACAAUCAAAGACCUUAAGGAAGUGCUGUCGAAUUUAUCAAGUAUACCUGUUAGUAGACUCCACGUUCUUUGUGGUUUUCCACCAAAAGUGUUCAAUAUUGCCCAGGAUGACUUGAAUUUAAAUGAUAGUGGUUUGAAUUCCGGGGAUACAUUAAUAUUAGAAGAAAAGGCCACAGUCGAGCCAGUCGUGUCUUCACUUCAAAAUAAUGAACUAGAUACCACUAUUGAACAGCGGUUAGAAUUACCCACUGAUGGUAACCUUUACAAUUGUCCGGGAAUUUUAAUGAAACAUGUAGUGCCUGCUGAUAAUUCUUGCCUUUUUACUAGUGUACAUUUUGUUCUCAAUGGAAAAGUGGAUGAGACUGGUGAGGCUGCCCCUUUUCUAAGGCAGCUUGUCGCAGAGAGUAUACGGAAUGAAAGUCACAAGUAUGAUGCAGCCAUUCUAGGUAAGCCAGUUGAAGAAUAUUGCUCAUGGAUACAAGAUGAUAAGUCGUGGGGUGGGGCAAUUGAACUGGCAAUUCUGAGUAGUUACUAUGGUAUUGAAAUAGCCGUUGUGGAUACUAUUAAUGCAAUCAUAAAUAGAUUUGGUGAAGAUCAAAAUUUUCCCUUGAGGGUGUUUUUGAUGUUUGAUGGUAUUCACUAUGAUCCUCUUUAUUUGGAAACCUUAAAUGGUGAUUCUAUAACAACAUUCUUUGAAACCACCAACGAGAUGGUUUUGCGAGAAGCUGAAUUGUUGGCACAGGAAGCAAAAUCCAGUAGGCAGUUUACUGAUGUUAAUAAAUUCACCUUAAAAUGUUUAGUUUGCAAUACAUUUCUAAAGGGACAAGUAGAGGCGCAACAUCAUGCUAAAGCUACUAGUCACAUGAAUUUUGGGGAAGUGUAAUAUAACUGUAAAAUUUUAUUAAUGGCAUAUUUGUCUCUAUAGAUGUCCAGAAUGAUCUGAAUAUUAUACAAUAUUCUAUUGAAAUAUAAACCACUUUAUUUAUAAAAUAAAAUCAAAUAAGUGCAAACACUAAUUACACAGUUUAUUAAUUAUUUUACUGAAUUGUCAUAGCUUCAAUGUAAAAUUAAAUUUAUGGGGUGAAAUGGUUAAAAUAUCGGUAACUAACAUCUUGGAAUAGAUUGUCAGUGUGAUUACAAAAAAUGUGCAGGUUUUUCUCCCCUGGUGUCUUAGCAGCCAAGAGAAGAUAAUGCAGUGGCACAGGCCCUUAUCAUUCUCUGCUUAAUGUUACUUUUUAUUUCCCACUUCUCUCAAUUGCAAUACAGUUGCUAUUCAAAAUGUUGCAUUAGUAAUGCUAUAUGAGUCCAUAUUGACUGGCCAAAUGUUGCAGAUUUUCUCAGGUUUUUCUCUAUUUGGAAAUUGCUUGAUAUUAAGCUAUUGUAAUGGUAAAUAUAGGUCAUAUAUGGUAGCACGUUUAUUAUAUAAAAAUUAAAGUUGAUAGCUGUAUUUUUUGGAAUAUAUGCUUAAAC